UCGUCAAUUUGGUAACUACAGAUUACCCUUAAUUGAGAAUUAAGAAUCCUUGAUUAUCACAGAGCGUUUGUUCACAUUUUUUCCACCUUGGUUAAUAAAUCAUAGUUUUUCAAUAAAUCAUUCCAUUUUCCAAUCUACCUGUCAGUUUGGCUGUCGAAAUUUAAUCAAGGAUUUAGCUUUUUUUUAAUUUUUUUUGAAGUUUGUGAUAUUUUGAAUUUUAAUUUGAAAGCGUUAACAGUAAGGAAGGUAAGUAAAUACUUAUUUAUUUAUCUUUUUAUAUUAGUUUAUUUAUGAAUGUGUAUAUGUUUUCAGAAAUAUGUCAAAUCGCUCAAAGAGAACAUCAAAUUUCUCCAAGGCCGAAGAAGAAAAAUUGAUUAAUUUGGCGUUGCAGAAAAAAAGCAUAUUAGAAAAUAAAAAAACAGACGCAAUCACGUCCAAACAAAAGGACGCAGCUUGGGAGGCCUUGGCGGAAAAUUUCAAUGCCACAUCGGAAGGACAAUUGAGGACAGGGAAAGUACUGAAGGACAAAUACAACAACAUAAAAAGAGCUCUUCGCAAAUCAAAGGCUGACCUGCGCAAAGAAAUAUUUCUUACAGGUGGUGGCCCACCACCCCCAACACAAAAAGAGCAAAGUCCCCUGCUCAAUGAGCUUAGCGAUGUCAUGGGCAUUAGUGUUGAUGGGUUGGCAUCCAGAAAUGAUGAUGAUGAAGUUUUAUUUGAAAAAGAGAAGAUGGAGGUUGGGGAUGCUGAUACAAAUGUGGCCGAUGAAGAUAUUCAACAUUUGUUGGAAGAUAUCUUAAGCACCGAAGAGCAACCCAUUGAAGAAAAACCAUCCCUUAAUUGGCAAGGUUAUAACCCCGAAAUGCUGCGAACCAAACGACACAAGUGUCUUAACAAAAAUAAAAGAAAAAAAGUAGAAGACCCUGAUGACAUAAACGAAUUAAAGAAACAAAUAUUAAAGCAGCAAUUGAGAAAUAAUCAGGAGGAACAUCAACAAAAGCUUUCACAGGGAGCGGAGGAGCACCGCCUUAAAAUGCAAAUCUUGGAGGCCGAACUUUUAGCCAAACAAAAAUAGCCAUUUUAAUUUAAUAAUUCAUUAUUUAUUUA